AUGGCUCCGGAAUCGCCAAGUGAGCUUUCCGCGUUCAAGUUUCGCAAGAGAGUCCCUAAAGCUUGUGACCACUGCCGUAAACGGAAGAUCAAGUGCGGUGCCGUCAACCCCAUAACAGGUACUUGCGACAACUGUACUAAAUUCAACACAGUGUGUACGUUCAAACAUCACGAUGAGAUAGGCAGGCACCGAAAGUAUGCAGAACUCAAGAAACUGCAAAGCCAUGAGCCAAAGGUACGCAAGGUUUCGGAGUCGUCUUCGCCCGGCGCGAGCGCGACUGAUCGGAAGCUUGAACAGUUGGAAUACCAAAUAGCAAGGCUACACGAGCUCACAGCUCGACAGCAGUACCAAGCCGGGGUGUGCUCUCGUCACUCCCCUUCGUUAGGAGUCGACACUAUUCCAGACAUGUCGCCUGCGCCAAAGCAAAAACGGUAUUUUACCUCUUUGCUGACGAAGCGGAGGAUCGCAUGGCUUCGCAACCAGGCCAAAGCGUUCAGCGCUAACCAAGAAACGCCAGGAGAUGCUGGGUCGCCGAUGUUGUCGUUCUAUCCUCUAACGGACGCGUUUAUGGUAGCGUCGAAGUGGUACGUUGCUCAAGUGAAGAAGAUCAUAGACUUCUCCAACCCCUUUGUGCCCUUUAACUCUUCGCAACUGUAUCCUCUUCCCCCACAAGAGCACGCUAAUAUCGCGGUCAAAGCAAUCCAAGAAAAUCUUUCCCCGGGCAGUUUCAAUGUUGUGAGGGGUCCGGAACUCCAAGCUCUAUUCGAUAAGCACUACGCCAACCAGAAGCUGACCUAUUCAGAAAUUCUUCUUUUGGACAUCAUAUUGACGGUAAGUAACUCUUACCCUUUGACUGACGACCCGCGACGCCUGAAAGAAGGUGAAAGCGAGCACUCUACCGUGGAGAGCCAUAUGCUCUUGAACGCGAUAAACCAGUAUCACAAGGUUGCUCUUUUGAGCGAAGGCGUAAGAUCUGUUCAAGCUUUACUGAUUCUUUAUCAGUAUGUGAGCUGCCACAUAAGCGGAGAGGCUGCAUACAACAUUUUUAACACCACCCAGAGGUUCGCCCAGGACAUUGGCCUUAACAGAAAGGAAAGCUACAAGAACUUGAGUCUUGAAGAGGCUUCUUUAAGACUCAAAAUGUGGUAUUGUUGUGUCCUGGCAGAUUCUCAGUUGUCACUGGCGUUUUGCCGUGCACCCCUGAUAGAUUUAGAAGACACAAGCGUCUUAACAGAAGAAUUUUACAUGGAACUAGUUAAAGAACGCCACUUGGGGAACUCCGACCGAACUUCGAUACAAACGUUGGAUGAGGCGAUUCAGAGCCUUUUGGGGUCAUCCGACACUUUUCAACUGGGAACUGCCUACUACGGAAUGACACUUACUCGGACAUUUCACAAAGCCUAUAGGCGCCUUCUUGCAGCCAAUUCAAUGACAAACGUCACCUUUGACCAAGUCAUUGAGGGGGUGUUGGAUAUCAAGAGCGAUUUGAUCAGGUGGGAGAAAUCGCUACCGCCAAUCCUUGCUCUUGGCGAAUACGAAGAGAAUCUCACGAGGCUCAGAAACGCAUCUGGUGAUCCGCUGUCGGCAAAACAUUUCGAAAUCCUAUCCACUACUAUUCUGCAACUGCACUACGAACAUUUGUAUCUGAAUCUGAUAGUCAGCCAAAUUGCGUGUUCCUUUGUUUUCGACAAUGAAGACAUACUUCCGAAGUCGCGAUACAAUGUGGCAGCCUUGAGAAGGACUUUUGUGAACGACGCUUGUGAUAGCGCAGUCCAGAUGAUGAAGUUGUGGCCAAGCAUAAAGGUCGUGCCUCACAUGGUUCACCGGCUGUUUUAUACAUUUAGUACGGGCGCAUUUGUCCUGCUGUUGACAGUGAUUGCUUUCCCCAAUGAAGAUCGAGUGUUGGAGUACAUUAGCACAAUGUGCACUACGGUUGAAUACCUGUUGGAGAUGGGAGAAUACCGGGUUUUCAAAGACAACAUAAAAUGGAAUGUCACCAUGUUUGUUUUCUGCUUUCUCUUGACACUGAGUAUCAACUACUUCAAUGCCUGCAAUCCUCAGGCCAAAGACGCCAAUUUCAGUUCCGCGCCUUUCAGAAACAGCCUGGAAGCUCUAAUGAACAGGUGCAAGAUGAACAAGGACGUUGCCGUGAACCAGCUGCGCGAGCACCUGAAUAUAUUUGCACCGGGCUUCGACGAAAACUCGGAAAUGCACGAGAACCCGGAUAUUUCUUCGGGAACAUGCGACGCAUCCAAGGGGCUUCCACGGACGCUCUAUCUUUUUAGCGAGGUCGACGAGGAGGACCUGCGCUGUUUAAUGUCGUCACUCCCCGUGCAGAUCCCAUGCUCCAACAGGUUUGGGCCCGAAACAGAGGCGAAGGGUUCCGCAAUGCAGGCCAGCCCCAGCAAAGGCUCCCAACACGGGUUCCGGUCGGGCCCUAGCGCUGACAACGACUUUGCGGCCGCCUUCAGCUUGGGCCUGCCGUCUUCCGACGAGCCCCAGACCCUGGCCGGCGGGCCUCCGUCAGACCAGGUGGAUUUCGAGAACAUGCUUGACGACAUGCUUUUCGACAGAGACUUCACGUUUCCGACGCUUAUGUAG